CAGCCAAGAUGGGGCCAUCCAGGUGGCGGAACGUUCGUUGGAGGAACAUUCGGUGGAGGAACAUUCGGUGGAGGGACAUUCGGUGGCGGAACGUUCGGUGGAGGAAUCGAUGUGUUCGGUAUCAAAGGUAUCAUGGGAGGUGGUAUUGCAGCGACGUUAGGAGCAUAUAGGUUAGGUGUCACAAGUGUAGGAGGUGGCACAGAGAAGUUUGGAAUCACGGGUGGAGGAGCAUCCCAUCGACUUCUUGGGGGAAAGGUUUUAACCUGUGGUGCUAAUGGAGAUACGCGGCUCGGUGCAGACGUAUUUCCCGGGAAUGGAGAGAUUUGAGUCACAGCGGAUAAUGGUGCAACCUGAGGUGGCAUCGCAGGAGGAGGAGGUGGCGCGACCAAAGGCGGAUUCGUGGGAUGAGAUUGCACAACUGGAGAUGGCAAUGCAGGAGGAGGGUGAGUGAACACAGUUGGGAGAUGGCUUAUGAUCUUUGGAGGUUCCUCCACACGACUGCUAGGAGUAGGUAUCAUUGAUAAUGUCACUCCGCCCGGAAGUGAUACCGGGACAUUUUCGCCACCAUUGGCUAAGAUAGGAGCUGGCUUCUCCGAUAAUCUUUUUGCGAGAUCUGGUGCAGGUGACAACUGUACAGGCUGUGUAGUAUUAACUACUAAUGGAGAUGUCUUCAUGGAAGCUAAUAUGGUAUCUGCACUGAUGAGCGUCCAGUGUUCUUUUGGAUGUUCUCGUAUAUAACGACGAACCCACGUAGUUUUCCCUACACUCGGCAAGCCAACCAUCAUGAGCACAGUGCAAUCUGAUUUACUGUCUGGUGGAACGGGAGCACGCUCAGUUUGUGUGCUCGGAAGAGAGUUCGGAAAAGUCCACUCAGGGCGCUUUAACCACUCUUCUUCGCCUCCGGGGAAUGUGCCAAAGUUGACAGAUACCCGACAAUUCUUUACACAUAUGUGAGGAUAAACCGCUUCAUCUUCGGGGAUUACCACAUUGGAGAAAGCCACUCCCAUACAUUCGGAGUUCUUCCAAAAACUGAUAGUGGCUUUUUCGAAAUCCUGAAUCGUAAGAGAUGAAGUGAAGUUUUGAUAUUGACUGUGA